GCAUUCCGUUGAAAGUUGCUUCCUCAUGUCGGACGAACAGCCAACCUCGUUUUCAGUUUCUCAGCUUGUACUUUUAGAAAUAUGUUGAUGUUGAAGGAAUAUCGAUUUAGUGUGCCUUAUCAAACUAGGAGUAGCAAUAGGAGAGAAGGUUCUAGAUUUCCCAAUCCUACACGGAUUGGUAUUCCUUGUAACAUUAGAACUAGUACUUUGUAAUCCCUAUAUAUAGGGCUCCUAUUCUCAAUAAUAUGAUUACAAUUCUCUCUACAAUUUCUCUCAAAUCUCUUUUUCCUUAAACACGUUAUCAGCACGACUCUAACCACAAAACAGAAAACCAAAACUCAUUCACAAAGCAGCCCCUAGCCCGAGCUAGCCGAGCCUUCGCUGCAGCCCGCGCGCCCGUGCGUUUGCAACCUUGCACAGCAGCUCCUGCUGUCCCCUCCCUGCAGCCCUGCGUUCCAGCUUGCUGUCACCGAAGCAUCCCUGCUGCGCAAACAAGCCAACGCACACCCACUGCAUCUUUUUCCCGUUCCUGUGCACAUCCGUCCUCCUGAAAGCCUCUAAACAUCUAGUUCGGAAGCUCAGAUCGAAAAACUUUCUUCAUUAAAGUUGUUCGUCUCUGUCUCUUCCAUCUAACCUCCGAAUUUCAGCCUUAUCGGAGUUAUAUUGAGAUAUGUACACCAAUCGAAGUACAACCUGUUCAGAACAGAAUCUGCUCCGAAAUUUCAACAAGAUGUCAAACAUGAACAAACUCGAUUUUGUUCCAUUGGAUUAUGCAGGCAAAAGGUACUUAUUUUGGGUCACUGAUGUCGAGAUCCACCUUAUUGCCCGUGAUUUAUUGCAUACUAUCCAAGAGCUUUGUCCUAUAGAAACAGCUCCAGACCCUCAAACUGAGAAAGAUAAUUCCAAGGCACUUGCCUUCAUGAAAUGUCACAUGGAUAGUGACCUACAGUUUGAGUUCAUAAAUGAGGAUAGCGCCAUAAAGCUUUGGCAUGCGCUUCGCGAACGAUAUGGCAAUAUUCGUGACUCCAUACUUCCGAAUACAGAAGCAGAAUGGAAAAAUCUUCGGUUCUCUGAAUUUGACACGGUCAUGCUGUUUUAUUCGGAAGCCCUCCGCAUCAAAGUAAUGAUGCGUCUCUGUGGAAAGAUGAUCACAGAAGACCAGUUGAUUGAGAAAACCCUCAAUACCUUCCCCGCCUGUGCUAUGAGGUCCUCUGACUUAUUCCGGACUCAUGUAAAUGCAAGAUGGAUCACAAGUUUUCAACAGCUUAUUGAAGCUACUACUGAAAGACAUGGCAAUGAACUUGUGCAAAGAAGAUUUGAUAGGCUUCAAGAUAGCUAUCAAGAGCAUCGUCCUAUGGCUAGAGAAAGUCGCCAUCGACGUCAUGAUCCAUACGAUCGAAAUGCUCAAGAAGGUAAUCGCUCAAGGCGACAAUCACACGACCGUAGGAGGCGUGAUUUUGAGGGAAAUAGGGUUGGAAACCAUGGAGCCAACGUUGGCCAUGGGCACCACUUUCCAACGCCACCAGUCCUAGGGACUAUGUAUAUUGCGCCAAUGCGCCUCAAUCAAGGGAGAAUCCUCUUUAUGGUGUCUAUUUCUGAUAUGGAACGUCUGAUCAAUGGACCUGAAUUUGCAAUGCACCUACGAAGGUAGCCGCAUCAUGGUGAUCAAGACAUCGAGUUCACAAAGACUUUAAAUCUGGCGAUGAAGACAAAAUGCCGCAGAUUUUUAUUUAGAAUAGUCUUUUAAUUUCCAAGAAUUAUGUAAUGGCAAUUAUGCCUUAAUCAAUAAAAUGACUUAUUGGAUUAUCUCUUUUCCUCUAGGCGUACUCAAUUAAGUAUGAUGUCUAGGAAAGUAAUUGAGAUUAGUGGUACUUAAGAGAGCUUUGCUCCACCGACAUCUCUCUCUACUUCCCUGGUCAUAUUUAAUUGGAAUUACCGAACGAAUUGAGUGACUACAAUUUGUCUAAAGUUUGAUUUUUACAUUGGAUUAGACUAUGGUCACGAAACUUUGAUGUAAUCAUUGGCUAUUAUUAAUAAAAUAUCGAUUUAUUUUA